ACAACUAGAGGAGCCUGCUGCCUGUGCGCAUGCUCUCCCUUCUUGGGCUGUCCCAAGUUUUCCUAGCGGGGCGAGGCGGGGCUGAUGUUGGACUCUCCCUCCUAGGCUCAGUCUUUUGGUCAGUCUAUGGACGGCGUAGGUUAACGCACACCCCGGCCUCAUCCCGAGUAGACUCUUCCAGCCUCCUUCUUCCUCCCCCCCCCCCGCCCUCUCCGGAAGGAAAGAGGCGGGGCUAAAGGGCCACUAAGUACCGGUAUCUGCGCGCGUCGGCUAGCGCAAGGAGAGCGCGCGGAGCUGCCUUUUUACUCGCCCUCCUGCUGCCAUGCCGCCCCCGGGCCAGGUCCGGGUGCCGGACUGGGAUGCGCUGCGGCUCCGCGUCCGGACUCUGAUCAGCUCCCACCGGGUCGCGGUCUUCAGCAAGAGCUACUGCCCCUACUGCAACAAGGUGAAAGAACUUUUUCAUUCUAUGGGAGUAGACUUCUAUGCUUUGGAACUUGAUUUAACUGAUGAUGGACCCAAUAUUCAGCAAGUGUUAGUAGAAGUGACUAGCCAGAGGACUGUGCCCAGUGUGUUUGUGAAUGGAACACACAUAGGUGGAUAUGAUAAAACUUUUCAGGCUUACCAGAGUGGCUCAUUGCAGAAUGUGCUAGGGAAUUGCAUAGAUGAUGCAGAAGUUUAUGAUUACGAUCUUAUUGUUGUUGGUGGUGGCUCUGGCGGACUUGCAUGUUCCAAGGAAGCUGCUGCCUUAGGAAAAAAGGUCAUGGUGCUAGAUUAUGUUGUACCAACACCUUCGGGUACUUCAUGGGGACUUGGUGGCACUUGUGUAAAUGUAGGUUGUAUUCCUAAGAAACUCAUGCAUCAAGCUGCACUUCUGGGACAGGCACUUCAAGAUUCAAGGAAAUUUGGCUGGGAGUAUGAUGAGCAAGUUAAACACAACUGGGAGACCAUGGUAGAAGCAAUUCAGAACUACAUAGGCUCUUUAAAUUGGGGUUACAGGGUGUCCUUGAGAGAGAAGACUGUGACAUACGUCAAUGCCUAUGCAGAAUUUAUCGAACCACACAAAAUAAAGGCAACCACCAGGAAAGGACAGGAAACUUUUCACACAGCACAGACAUUUGUCCUAGCAACAGGGGAAAGGCCCCGAUAUUUGGGUAUCCCUGGAGAUAAAGAAUACUGCAUUACUAGCGAUGACCUCUUCUCCCUGCCUUACUGCCCUGGCAAAACUCUAAUUGUGGGUGCCUCCUAUGUGGCUCUGGAGUGUGCAGGAUUUCUUGCUGGCAUUGGUUUGGAUGUCACAGUUAUGGUGCGCUCCAUCCUUCUUCGAGGCUUUGACCAAGAAAUGGCAGAGAGGGCAGGUGCCUACAUGGAAACUCAUGGUGUUAAAUUCAUCAGGAAAUUUGUACCUAUUCGGAUUGAAAGGUUGGAGGAAGGCAUGCCUAGAAGACUAAAAGUGGUAGCACAGUCUACUGAGGGACCAGACACUGUUGAAGGAGAAUAUAAUACUGUUUUGAUGGCUAUUGGUCGUGAUGCCUGUACCAGAAACAUUGGUUUAGAUAAGAUUGGUGUCAAAAUCAAUGAAAAGAAUGGAAAAAUACCUGUAAAUGACGAGGAACAAACCAGUGUGCCUCAUGUCUAUGCUAUUGGAGAUAUCUUGGAUGGAAAACUUGAACUUACCCCAGUUGCAAUUCAGGCAGGCAAGCUUCUAGCUCGCAGACUUUUUGGGGGUAGCUUUAUAAAGUGUGACUAUGUCAAUGUACCAACUACAGUGUUUACUCCUUUGGAGUAUGGCUGUUGUGGAUUACCUGAAGAGAGAGCCAUUGAAGAAUAUGGAAAGGAAAAUGUAGAGGUGUAUCACACUUUGUUUUGGCCUCUUGAAUGGACAGUACCCAGCAGAGACAACAAUACUUGCUAUGCAAAGAUAAUCUGCAAUAAACAUGACAAUAACCGUGUAAUAGGAUUUCAUGUUCUUGGACCCAAUGCUGGAGAAAUUACCCAAGGUUUUGGUGCAGCAAUAAAAUGUGGUCUCACGAAAGAAUUACUUGAUGAAACAAUAGGUAUACAUCCAACAUGUGCAGAGGUGUUCACUACAAUGGAAAUUACAAAAUCUUCUGGAAAAGAUGUCACUCAGGCAGGAUGCUGAGGCUAAACCCUGCUGUUUUUAUCUUUCUCUUGUCAUGUACAUUUUUCUCUUUGGAAGGCUUAAAUGUGAAAUACACUUGAGUAAAAUAAAUGAAAGCAGCAGUAGCAUCAAACCUAUUACAGCUAGAAAUGAUGCAUUUCUUAAGCUUCCUCAGUAGAUAAUGUUGGCAAUAGAAAGAAUACAACAGCAGGGAAAACGCAAACUAUAAAUCCUGACUUGCUUGGAAGUGGCACGUAAGUGCUUUUUUGAAGUUUUGGCUCAGAGCCCCAUUCUGAGGUGAGCUACAACUGAUGACUUACCUUGCAAACUUAGGAAACUUCUUUGUAUGGUCAAAAACUGAGCUUCCUUCUGAAGGAGCUUUUGAGUUGCAUAAUUAAUUUAAAGUUAACUCAUUGGGUUCCAGUGUUUUUUGUAUGAAUGCUUUAGAUAUACCUUUUCUUUUUAGUUAUAAGGAUGACUGUAUAAUUGUAUUACUCUUGCCAGCAGCUCAUUUUACAAUUCAUGUUGGGUCACUUUUUUGUGUUUGCAGUGACUAACAUGGAUUUUAAUGCUGUUCUUGACUUAGUUUUAAAAAAAGGUCAUAAAUCAAAUACAGAUGCUAGGCAGUGCAGCUAAUGCACUCGCAUUUAACCUCUAAAGACCUGGCUCAAGUACCAAAUAAGUUACAGGUGAGAGAAUUUUGUGAUCUUUUCUUACUUCAUAGUUGCUUUGCUACCAUAACUAGUAAUAUCUUCCUGAAUCACAGGAUUUUAAUAGUAGGAAUCUUGUGGGUCAGAGCGGAAGUAUAUUGAAAAAGCUCCUAAAACUUGUUUGUCCUUGCAGUCUGUGAGCCUAAUCAGUGCUGACAGUGUCAAGUUUAGUUUCCACACCAAUGUGUAAAAUACUACAUCAUGUAAAAGUAAUCUAACCUACAGUUCUGGCCUAUCUAAUAAAAUUGGAGUCUCGAUUAUGGUCUUCUCUCCCCAUGUUAUCUGUUCCAUUAAUACAGUAGCUAGAGAAAUGGCUACACCACUAGGCACUAGAAUCCACUUUAUGGACUUUAAUGAACAACUUACUACUACUUUAAAUUAUAUUUAGCAGCAGAGAACAGUGACUUGUGCUAUCAUGCCCUGUGUAGGUCCUGUAUAGUCAGCAGCUUGAAACUGUUCCCCCUUGUUCUCAUGUUAAUUUGGGGAAGUGUGUGCUUGAAUUUGGUGCUUCAGUUUUGUCCAAAGAUGUUUUGAAAGACUAUUUUGAACACUGUCUUAUAUAGUUUUUAACUAUUUAAUCUAUGGUAUAUCAUGACAUUUAAAGUUCAAUAAAUGAACAAUUGCAUAUGAUGUGUCAAAUACUUUGAUCAAGAUACAUUACAUUUAUAUGGCACCUGUCCUGGGUAGAAGGGGUUGUGUAUCUUAAGCUUGUUUAGGAGCCAGUGAACUAGGUCUCUUGACACUUCUGGAAGAUUUUUCUUAAGCAGUUACAGAUGCAAUCAUAUUUAUUACUCAGUCUGUGUACAUGGAAGGACCACUCUUUAGUAUGCAAAGUUUAGUGGAGAAGAAGACAUCAAUUUGGUACCAGGAACUGUGUGCACUUCAGGAGGAAGAACUAAGCAUAACUUUGGCAAUUGAAAACUGCAGAAAUGUUGAGUAUAUAAAAUAUAUGCUAUAAGGAAUUUGACUAGUUUUUUAGCAUCAACAUUUGUUGCAAAAGGUGCUAGAAUACUAACAGUUCUUGGUUUUCUUAUCACUUGGGAUUGACUGUGGGGGUGAGAAGCACACUACAGUGCCCACAAAUGCCAUAAAGCCCUAGCUAUUAUUAAUUCAAAAAUAGGAUGGUCUACUGAAUUUAACAGUACCAUCUACCUGCAGAACUCUGACCUUUCUUUUUCAUUUCUCCCAUAUCAAAAUUGCCCAAGCCCAACCCUACUUGAGAGUUUAGAUCACUGCUGAAGUGAUGAUUGCAAAGUAUGUACUAGAAACAUACUGAGCAUGAGUCUUGUCUUGGCAGCCUUACAUGGAUACCACAUGUGCAGGGGUUAUCUGUGCUUUGGAUCACUCAGUUGUAACAGCUUAAAAGAGGACCAAUGAAAUUAUACAUUGCUUUGUGUGGAACAUGUGCUUGGAUGAACUGAGUGGCAAUAUAAAUUCCAAUUUACAACCAGACAGAAGAUGUAAGAAUGGAGGAGCAAGCAGAAGAAACAGAUUCCAGAAGUUACUACUCUUAAAUAUCAUGAUUUGAUAAGCAGUAAAUGACAGCAUAAAUUACUCAGGUCACAUAUUACAUUAUGAUUUUAUUUAUAGUUUAUAAAAGGUUAAUUAUUAAUGAUUCAUUGUCCUGGUGGACUCUAGUCAUAAGCAACCUAUUAAGAUCUAACGUACAAGCACGCUGUUUAUAAACCUCUUACCUAUGUCUAACAUGCUUAUCAAUCUAUUAUAAACUAUUUAAUUGGAGCCAUAAUAAACUAUGGCCAAUACUUGUAUAGUUAGCCUCUACGUAUUAACUGAAGAGGUUGAGAAGCAUACAAUAAAUAGCUUGUUCAAAGAGGAAUGUUUAAAAAUGGUAUCAAUCUGCUCACAAGGAACAUUCUGCUUGUAGCAAUUCAUCAGUGGCACUUCUCUUUUGCUUACAGUGAAACCUUGCUGCCAUUCUGAUCUCUGCUUUAAAGAUAUCAGGCUUGCAUCAAAUGUGAUUGUGUAAAAGAAUUAGGAUUCGAGAAAUAAAAACUCAGUCAUUCUCCUGAGCGUGGUGUUAAUGGGCUUGUUGGUCUUCAACCUAAUUAUCACCAGGACUGGUGUGCCAGUCUCUGCAACAGCAUUUUCCUCUAACAAGCUUUGUGUUUUACUUUCCUGGAGUUUGGAUGUUGCAUGGCAGCUCCUGAGCCUCUCAGGAGAGGAAAUAUCAGACCAGCAGCAUAAUAUCCUCAGCAGGCCCUUCUUUCCAGCAUCAGGAUCCUCAUCCCUCAUAGCCAGGAUCUCUCAGGCAUGCUGUAUGUCAGGAAGCAUCAUGAAAGACAUGGCAAGUGGGGAUUGUGAGUCACUGUAGUAUUGUCAAAAUACUCUAGUGGCAGGUUUGGGAGCUUCACUUGUGCUCUGCUAGAUUACAGAACUACACCUAGAAUGAAUUAAAGGUUUUGAUGAAGCCUGAUUCCCCCAGAGAAUUGAAUUGGGUACCUGCUAAAUCCUCCCCUUUUGUUGACAUGUCUGUAGCUCCUAUUCCUAUCAAGUACUAGGUAUCCUACAAUAGAAUGCUGCACUUCACUGCUGGAGCAUAUUACAGAUAAAUUACAGACAUGACUGCAUUAAUACGAGCAACCAAAGAUUUCAGCAUAGUCUGGGAAUAUGGGUCAAAUAGGCCUGUCCCGGCUCAUGCCAGGUAAACAAAGGAUUCUAAGUACUAGGUACCUUCUUUUCAUAUUCUCUGUAAGCACGGGAUCUAAAAAGUAUUUUCCUUGUUUUGAUGGCAGAAAAGCCUGUCCAGACAAGCCUCUAUUCAUGUUUGUCUUGAGUUUCCUUUGGUAAGUUGAUGUAGUCUGCUUUUUUUAAAAAAAGCAAUGUGGUCUCAUGUAAUGGCAAAAAAGUGAAAUACUAGACACCUUAGCCUGAAACUUACCUGAGAAAGCUUACUUAUAUUCCAGCUCCGUUGCAGUGGCAGCAUUCAUCCAACAUAUAAGGCCAUACUGUGUCAGACCAGUGGUCCAUCUAGCCCAGUAUCCUGUGUUCUGAUCAGGGGCCAUGCAAGUAGAUUAUUGGUAUACUCUCAUUCAUGAUAGCACUCUUGACCUUCAGCAGUAGUUCACAGGAGAGUAACCCCCUUGUCUGGUUUGUUAUAUUUAAGUUCAAUUUUCAAAGCAAAUCAAUCUAGGCUACGUCUAGCUUAGGGGUUGGUUAUGGAUGCCAGUCACUGUAGUAUCUGAUUUAAGUUCAGACACUAUAGCAUUGAUAGUAAUGGAGAUGCAUUUAUUUCCUUAUUAGAUGCUUCUCAAAACAUUUUCCUUUCAUGUUGCACUUUCAUAUUAGUAAAUCUACAAAGUUAUUUGUAACUGGAAACAAAUUCAACUAUAUUACUCAGCGUGCUGUUAACCAAAACAAUAUCUGGUCUGUGUCUGCUUUAUAAUUAAGGUUGUGUCUGUAUGUGCAUCAUGUCUCUUGAAGCAGUGAAUAAACACCAAAGCUGCACAUUUUACUAAUAACUGGAAGAAAUGUCUCCAAAUGCAGAAAUGGUAGUAAUUAUAGCGCAUGUAAAUAUGAAAAUAAAUUAGUUUGUGCAACCUAGUCUUUGACUUUGACUGUAAUUACAGCUUGAGUAUUGUAAUUUGUCAUUAGUAACACUUGAACAGGUAGUUACCUCUGUCAUAGUUUCACAAGCUAAGCUGUGUUUGUCAUGAGGAAAAGGCCAAGGUUUUUCUAACAGAUACAGUUUGAAGUAUCUUACUGUGACUUUAGAAGGAUAACUGUUUGUUUUAAAAAAUAUUGUCUGAUAUUUAAGUGGGACUGGCUGAAAAAUUUCAGUCAAAUUUUUAAAUGGAAAAUGUGUUUUGACAAGUUGCAAGUUGGUGGAAAGUCUACUUUCCUUGAACACUUCAUUUUUUGUUUAUUUAAAAAAAACUUCUGGCAGUGGGCAAGGACAUUUUUUUUUCAUUCAAAAUUGUUUGUUUUUUCUUUUUCUGCAAAACCCCAAAAAUUCCAACAGAAGAUUUUGAUAACUGGAUUUUUCAUUUUGUCAGUGCUCUACUUCGGGGAGGGGACACAUUUCUUGACCAGAUGUACUUUUUACUUAGUUGGAUUAUCUUGUAUGUGUAGCAACACUAAGAGUAGAGAAUAAAAUUCUCAAUUGUUA